UUCUGCCUGUUGUUGGUACUUCCGGUUUCAAAGUCCAGCUGCUAACGGAGCCGAUAGCGCGAAUGGAAGGAAUGUCAUGCAGUGUUUUCUGCAUAACAUUCAUUGUACUGGCUCGUGAGUGUGUGAGCAGCAGACAUGCAGCCGUCUGUGGAGACUCUGGUCCAGCUGCUGGAGUCAUACCGAGGAAGAGAUAAAGUUAUCCGGGCGGCAUGUUACGGCUCACAGCUGGUUGGAGGCCUCCUCUCGCGUAAAUCGGAAACCGAUGUUCCAUCCCGUCGGCUCGGGAAACGUCUGCUGCUGUUUUCCGCUCAGCUCAGCCACUGCAGGACGGUGCUGAGGCUGUUUGAUGAUCUGUCCAUGCUCGCUUACUCACACAGCUAUGGGCUCGGAGCCGGGGAGGAGGACGCAGGCGUGCGCUUCGUAUCGGUGCUGAGCAACGUGGCCGACCAGCUGUACUACCCCUGUGAACACAUCGCGUGGGCCGCUGACGCCGAGCUGAUCAAAGUGAAGUCUGAUAAGUGGUGGCUGUUGAGCACCGUGCUGUGGGGAACCUCGCUGCUGCUGGGAAUACUCAGAUCACUCCGGGUUUUGCUGCUGCUGAAGAAGAAGCUGGGGAGAAAUGAGAGGGAUGGAGGUGGCAACAGCCGCUCUCAGAUCCGCAGACAGAUGCAAAGGGAGGUACUCUCCGUCCUCAGCAACAUGGCGGACCUCAGUAACGCCAUUCACUGGAUGCCGCCCGGCUUUCUGUGGUCUGGACAAUUCCCCAACUGGCUGGUGGGACUGAUGGGCACCAUAUCGUCACUAGUUGGUUUGAUGCAGAUGAAAGCCGGAGACAGUGACGGGACGGACAGUCCAGAGUCUUUACCGCCACCUAUCAUGAGGAACAGCCCGGGUGUUUUGUUGGAAUGAUGCAGACUUGUGGGGAAUGAGUAGCAGAUUUGAAAUGUGAUCAAAUCCCAGUCAGACAGUCUAUGGAAAUGUAUGAAUAUGUGAAAUAACCUCAAUCUAUAACUGGAUAAUAAGUGAAUAAUCAAAGUAGACUUGUAGGCAAUCAUCCCAGUCCUUCACCGGAUGUGACUGAAAGCCAAUUAAAAUGUUGCUAACUGAUUAAGUACAGUAUAGAGGUUUCAGAAAAUGGCUAAAUGGAUAGAGCUUCCGGGGGGUGAAUCUACAUUGUAUUAUUGCACCAUUUUCAAUCUCGCUUUUCUAUUUAUGUUGUGAUUGAUCCAUGUAAAAAGUGAAUAAAUCCCCAGAAUCAUCUUAAUUUUGGGGGAAUUUGAUUCUGGUUUACACCUUU